AUGACUGAUGAAGAAUCAAUUGAUUUGAUUGCUUCAAAAAUUCAUCUUCUACAAAGAUCUCAAUUUAUUAAUCUACCAUUGUUACCAUUAUUACUAUUAUCGGAUUUUAAUUCAUCAUCAGUUCAGAAUAACUUAUCAACCUCUAAAAAUUAUGCAAAUCCUUCUACUAUUACUACAAAUCCUCCUACACCUCCUCCUCGUCCUACAACUUUUACUAUGAAUAGUAAUAAAGAUGUGGAGAAAAACAAAUCUUCACUAAGAAAUUCCAAUCAUACAAAUGAUUGGUCUAGAUUAAAUAAUAUAUCUGAUACAAAGGAACGUAGUUUCUUUCGACGUUUACUUAUGUCCUAUUGGUGUCCUAGACCUAUAAAUGGAGCUCAAAUGUUACUCGAAGAAUUAAAAUAUUCCUAUUGUUUCUCUACUGGAAUUGACAACUUGGACAAUCUUCUUAAUGGAGGUUUAAGAACCAGUGAAAUUACAGAAAUAAUCGGUAAAUCUUCUUGUGGGAAAACUCAAUUCUGCCUUUCUGUAUGUGCUUCUGUACUUCGAAAUUAUAAAACUGUGUCCAUCAUCUAUCUGGAUACAAAGGGUGAUUUUAUUGCAGAUAGAUUACUAGAAUAUCUUAAAAAGCAAAAUCUCAAACACGCUAAUGUGCCGACGAAUGCAGCAACAAAAGAUGAAUAUGGAACUUCCAAUGUUCCAAACCAUGAUAUCAAACAAUAUCUCACUAGGAUUCGUUGUUGUUUAGUACCAACAUUUGGCCAUCUCAUUGAUUCACUAAUAACCAUACGAAUGCAUAUAGAUAAAGCACAACGUCAUCUACAUAGUUUAUCCACUCCUACUGAAGAAUUUUUCUCAAAUUGUAAACUUAUUAUUAUAGAUAGUUUAACAAUGCCAUUUUAUCGUGUAUGUCCACUUUACCACAAUUGGGUAUAUCACAACUUGCUCUUAUUAUAUCUGAACUACAACGUUUAUCUACAUUAUAUCAUUGUACUAUCUUAG